AUGAAGUCCCUGUUAGGCCAGGGAGUGUCUGUCAGCCUUGCCUGGGGUGGGGGUGUCAGGGCGGGCUUCAUGGAGAAUUUUGGGAGAGACUGGAAGGAUGACGACCUGACGGAGGUGUGUGAGGCCUUGGAGCAUCUGACUGGACAUCUGGAGCAGGACAGGCUGCAGGGGAGAACAGGGCCAGGUGCCAGAUUCUGCCUCCUGCUGUUCCUCUCUCUGGCCGCCAGAGGGCGGGGUGCAGCAAUGAUCCCUUCUGUUGAGAAGUUUUGGGAGGAUGAAAAAUGUGCUCCAUACCUGUCUUUGCUUCCCAGAAGCGGCAAGGAAAUCAAAGAAAGUUGUAGUGAGGCAGAUGAUGGCCUGUAUCACCUCUGCACUGAGAAUGGUGUCGUCUGCCAGACCUUCUGUGACAUGACCUCUGGGGGUGGCGGCUGGACCCUGGUGGCCAAUGUGCAUGAGAACCGCAUGCUCGGGAAAUGCACGGUGGGCGAUCGCUGGUCCAGUCAGCAGGGCAACAGGGCUGACUACCCAGAGGGCGAUGGCAACUGGGCCAAUUACAACACGUUUGGGUCUACAGAGGCCGCCACCAGCGAUGACUACAAGAACCCUGGCUACUACGACAUUCAAGCUCGGGACCUGGGCAUCUGGCACGUGCCCAACAUCCCCCUGCAGCACUGGAGGAACAGCUCCCUGCUGAGGUAACACACCAACAUGGGCUUCUUCCAGAGACUGGAGCAUAAUCUGUUUGGACUCUACCAGAAAUACCUCGUGAAAUAUGGAGCAGGGAAGUGCUGGACUGACAAUAGCCCAGCCAUUCCUGUUGACUAUGACUUUGGUGAUGCUGAGAAAACUGCAUCUUAUUACUCACCAGAUGGUCAGCGUGAGUACCUCCUUCCCAAGCCCAGUCAUCCAGCUCUUCCCUGCUCUCUUAGGGAAAGUGUAACUAGCAACAGUUAA